CCGGCCCGCCCCUCCAGGUGCGAGGUGGAGCAGGAAGCGGCGGCGGCGGCGGCGGUGGUGCCGGAGAGGACCCGCGCCCGCCUCGGCGCCGGGUCCAUGCGGGGAGAUGGCGGCGGGCCAGGCGCUGGCCGCCCUCCUGGCCGCGCUCCUGGCCGCCCUCCUGGCCGUCUCGGCGCAGCUUCGCCCGCCGCAAGCUUCCUUUGCAAUCUCUCUUCGUAAAGUGGACAACACCACAGUUACAAUUAAACUGAAACCUGGUGUUUCACCAAGCUGUAAAAUGCGCAUUAAAAGUGCCAUCGGGUCUGAACUCAACAUAAAGCCUGGGGAGAAUGUGACUUUUACCUUCACUUGUAGUACUCCAGAGAAGUAUUUCAUCAUGGAAAUUCAGAAAAAUAUUGACUGUGUGUCAGGCCCAUGUCCCUUUGGAGAUGUUUAUCUUUACCCAGAGCAGCUGCCCCGCCUUAACAGGACUUACAUCUGGGAUGUGAAGGCAAGUACAAAAGCUGGACUUGAACUAAAGUUUUCUGCCCCGUGGCUAAGGCAGAUUGAACCAGGAGAGACGUGCUCAGAUUUCAUUAGCUACAACAUCAACAGCUGUAUUGAUAACACCAUGGUCAACAUUGGCACCUUCUGCAGGAAUGGCUCAGUGUCUCGCGUCAAGUUGCUGGGAGGAGUUGUCAUGUCUCUGCACCUCCCAUGGGACUCGCCCCUCACCACCUCAGGCUUCAACAUAGCUAACAGGACUUCCAUAAAAAGGUUAUGCAUAAUUGAAUCCAUUUUGAAGGGGGAGUCAUCCAUCACCCUGAUGUCCCCCAACUACCCACUGGGCUUUCCAGAAGAUGAGCUCAUGACGUGGCAGUUUGUGGUUCCUUCAAGCAUGAGAGCAAGUGUGUUUUUCCACAACUACAGCCUCUCCAACUGCGAAAGGAAAGAGGAGAGGGUAGAGUACUACAUCCCUGGCUCCCUCAGCAACCCGGAGGUGUUCAAGCUGAGUGACAGCCAGCCUGCCAAUAUUGCUGGCAGUUUCAACAUGUCCCUGCAGGGCUGUGAUCAGGAUGCCCAGAACCCAGGCAUCCUUCGCUUGCUCUUCCAAGUCAUCGUUCAACAUCCACAGCUUGAUGAGAAUGUCACCCAUUUGGUUGACCUGAGCAAGGAGCGGAACAUGACUGUGACCAUACACUUCAAAGAGUGGCCUGGCCGCAUCCCACUCAUGUCUGAACCCGUAUGCUUGAUCUGUAAGGAUCCUCGCACCUGCGACCGCAUCUUGACUUUAGCGUCUGGCACCGUCUACAGGAUCUCCUUUCUGUGCAAGGACUUGUCCCGUCUGAGGAUCACGGCUGAAAAAGGCAUAAGCUGUGUUGAUCUUCGGUGGUGUCAGAGGAAGAUCUAUUCUCUUUCGGUGCCCAAGGCUAUUUUGCAAUUGCCGAUUCAGCUGCACAAGUUUAUUUGGAAGCUCUUGGCCCCCGAUCUGAUCAACAUAGAAGUUACGUCUCCGUCCUUGAAACUUCAGCAAUGUGUCUCAGAGCAGAGGUGCAACAGGAGCUACAGUUACAGCAUUGUUAGUGCCACCCCAGAGACGGAGCUGAAUGUUGGUAAAUUCUGUCCUGGUGGAUCCAUUGAAAAGAUUCAGAUGAGGAAUAAUGUCACCAUAACCUUAAAAGCAUUUGGUAGAGGAUUCAUCAAUGAGUCUAACCAUCAAGAUUUGAAAAUGUCUUUUGUGCCACAUAUUAAAGAUGAGUGCUCUUUCACUGUGAGUCCAAAUCCAAAGGCCAAAGUUUACUUGCAGACUCCCAACGGGCCUUAUGGUUUACCUCCCUAUGUCUCCAUAUCCUGGUACGUCAUUGUGCCCAACAAGCAAAUUGCCCGCCUUGCGUUCCCCAAGGACAAGGACCGCAUGGGUAUUGCUUGUGAGACAGGCCGUGCCUAUAUCAACAUAAAGGAGGAGACUUCGGGGGCAGAGGAGAUCGUGCGCCGUGAGGAUGAAGUUCUGCCUGAUCCCCGAAAUAUGUAUCACAACUUCUGGGUAAACAUCUCCAACUGUAAACCUGUGGACAAGAUGCAGCUGACCUUGGAGUUCUGGGUGACUUUUGCUGACAAGCAGAUAGACCUAGGAAUCAUACUCGCUGUGGUAGCUGGGGCUGGAGUUCUUUUGGCUAUUGGACUGACUGUGUGCUGUGUUAAGAAGAAGAAGAAGAAAACCCAGAAUCCCAUGGUGGGAGUGUACAAUGCUAACGUGAAUACUCAGAUGCCUGGAAAGAAAAGCUUAUUCAGAAAAGGGAGGCAAAACAAUGAGUCUCAUGUCUAUGCAGUUAUUGAUGAUGCUGUGGUCUACGGACACUUGCUGAAGGAGUCUAAUGGCUCAAUUGCCCCAGAAGUUGAUGUGUACCGGCCUUUUGAUGGACGCAUUGGUAGCUUGCCUCCUUCACCGCCUCCAUUCUCCUUCAGAAAAGACAUUAAAUGCUCUUCUAACACUGAGGAGGAAUCUCCACCUCUGAUGGACACAGACCAUGAUACUUACACAUUUGCUCAUCAGAAAUUGGGGCAAUUGGAGGACAAUGGAGAUGCAAAUGAAAAGGAUAAGGUAGACACAAGUAUGCCCUUGCUGGAAAGAAAGAAACAGGAUGGUUUAGUGGAAUAAUUUUAUACCAGGUUUAGCAGUUUCCUGUGGAAACACAGGUGUAAGGAUAGCAGUCUAGGAGAAAAAAAAUACUGAAGAGGAGUGUUAUUUUUAAAUGUGUUUUGAUAUUGUGUUGUUUUGUGUGUGUGGUUUUGGUUCUUUUGUGUCAUUUUAUUUUUUUAAAUUUAGCUGUUGAUAGCUUUCAAUUUUAAAAUGAACAUCUAGCAAACUCAGUCAGGACAUUCCAGGACUGCAUGCAUUUCUGGUUGUGAAACAGGUGCCAAAGGUACACUUCUGCUUUUUACUAAAAAGGCAUCAGGAAAUUUAAUUCCUAACUGCCAGCUUAAAACUGGGGCCAUUAGUAGGGGGGAGAGUGUUCUGUCCAGUAUUUCCUCCUCUCAAAGUCAUCUGUUUGAGUGUUGGUUGGUGACUCUUAGGAGAUGCAGGCUGCAUCACUGUCUCAAGGCAGCUCCAGGUUGCACACAUCUAAGCAAUCUGCUAAUAUCUGAGCACAGGUGGGGACACUGUCCUUUCCACCACUUGCAGCUUGAAAAUUUAUCAUAUUUAGCAUGAUAGUGGCUAUGUAAGUGUAGUGAAAGACCAUGUAGGCCACCUGGAAGAGCUCUGUGCCAAUAAAUCAAUGUGAUCACUUGAGCUUUGGGCUCUUCUACUUCAGAAGAUAAGUUAUGGGGUUUCUGUAAUUUUUGACCGAUGUUAUAAUACUUGGAUUGUACAACAUGAGCCUACACCAAAGACUAUUUUCUUGCUUUUUUGUACAAAAACAGUUUCAAAAGUCUAAACCAAUUUGCACUUGUGUUCAGAUGCCUGUAACAUUCACAUUCUACUAAUAACUUGAACUUUUGGUUUAAGUAAGAGUAAGGAUUCAAUGAAGAAAUAAUUAUGUGGUCAUUCAGCUGUUUACUAGUGCUUUUCACUUCACCUGUUACUAAGGAUUAAAAAACAGGGUAAAGGAAACCAUUGUUUCCAGCAGGUGGUUUCUCUGAAAUGCAAAGAAUGAGAGUGAAUCCAUAAGACAAGCCUAAAUGUUUCAAGUGUUUAAAUGAUGGUGGAGAUAGUUCUUGAUUUCUGGCAGGACUUGCAGUUCAGUUGUCUUUUUAAAGACAGCUCUUGAAAUCAGGUAAAUAAUACGUUCCAUUUUAAGUGCCCCUCACUCUAGCCUUUUUAAAAGCCUGUGCCUUUUAAAACAUGAGGGUCAGAUCUUUGUGCAGAGGAUUACGGGUAUAUAAAUAAAGUUGCCUUUUAUAUACAAACAUCUGUCUUGUCCAGGUGUGCAGUUUACUGAGGAUGUUUGUGAUUUUGUGUGCAGCACUAGACUCAACGACUGGAGAAUUUCUCUCCAAGUGUCUUACUGUUUCUUGCCUAGUGAUGCACAAAGGUGACAUAAAACUUCGACAGUGUUGCAUGCAGUAAUGUUAAAAAUAUAAUAAUGCUUAAAAUUAAAAUGUCUUUUAGAAACCUUACUGUUUACAUUAAGAAAAAAUGUGGGUUUCUUCCUGUGUUAACUAUUCUGGCAGAUUUGGUCAAGUGUGUGUAUUUAACAGUGUGUACCAUUAUACUGCUUGGAACCACUACAGCAUUCAGUAUAAUGUGAUAUCUGAUGCAGUUUCCUGUAGCAUAUAGCAAAACACAUUCCAGCUAAAAAUGCCUUUUAUUGUUUCAGGUAUCUUCCUGCUUAUUUUUAUCACUUUUAAUACGGAAACAUGUAUUCCUAGAUCUCUGGCUACUCACUGGAAUCACAUAUUUCAAAGUGUAAUGGGCAAUCAUAAUGUCAUUUGAGAACUUAAAAAGACUUCUAUAUUAAUACUGAUAUCUGUUUUUCUCGGGUAACUGAAUUGCCACAAUACCUUUUUUAUCAGAGUAGUCCAGUUACGCAUUUGUGUGGUCAACGUUCCUCACUUCUGUUUUAUUGAAAAGGAAUGAGAAGUCUGUAAGAGAAAUUCAAGGCUUUCUCUUCCCCUUAGCAAGGUUUCUGCAGUUUCUUAAUGACUUUUUAUAGUUCAUGUUCUUUCCAACCAACUGAAGAAAACAUAAUCGAGAUUGGGCUUUUGUUCACAACCUCUUAGUCUUUGAGAAUAUGAUGGUUGUUGAUGGAUAUUUUCAUUUGUUCUCUUUUAACUCAGCUUUUGGUAUAGCAAUAUAAACCUUAUUUUACAGAUGUUUCCAGUCUAAAGUUGACUUUUACUGUGCUUAUUUUGGUAUGUUUAGAGUAAGAGUUCAGGCACAGAUUCCAGUUUGCUUUUCAUUAAGAGAAAGUUGUGAAUUUUUUUUUUAAAUAAAUGAAAAAUAAUGCUACUGCCAGCUGGAGUAACUAGUGUAUCUC